CAGGGACAGGCGGUGGAUGGGGAAGGGCAGCAGCGGCAGCAGCAGCAGCAGCAGUAGUUGGACGCACCGACCGAAGCAUGCUCCAGCGCAGCCAUGACUUGCUCGGCGUCAGAUAGCGAGAAGAUCGUGAUCAACUGCGGCGGGAUCCGACACGAGACUUACCGGAGCACUCUAAAGACGCUGCCGGGGACGCGCUUGUCUUGGCUGACCGAGCCCGACGCCUACAGCAACUUCGAUUACGAUCCCAAGUCCGACGAGUUCUUCUUCGACCGCCACCCGGCCACGUUCGCAUUCAUCCUCAACUACUACCGCACCGGCAAGCUCCACUGCCCCAACGAUGUGUGCGGGCCGCUCUUCGAGGAGGAGCUCGCUUUCUGGGGCAUUGAUGAGACGGAUGUGGAGGCGUGCUGCUGGAUGAACUAUCGGCAGCAUCGCGACGCCGAAGAAGCCCUGGACAGCUUCGAGACCCCCGAGCCGGACGCACCCGAGGAUGACCCGGCGCUCACCGGCGGAGCGGACGGCGACCUGAAGCGGCUGUGCAUGCAGGAGGACGGCCGCAGGGCGACGUGGUGGGAGGUGUGGCAGCCCAAUAUGUGGGCGCUGUUCGAGGACCCCUACUCCUCCAAAUACGCUCGGUAUGUGGCGUUUGGCUCGCUCUUCUUCAUUCUUCUCUCAAUCUCUACCUUCUGCCUGGAGACCCAUGAAGCUUUCAACACUAUCUAUAACAAGACGGAGAAUGUCACCGUUGGGAAUACAACACAUGAGGAGAUAGUGUAUGAGGUAGUCACAGAUGGCUGGCUGACAUAUGUGGAGGGUGUCUGCGUCAUUUGGUUUACCAUUGAGGUGAUGCUGCGGGUCAUCUUCUGCCCUGACAAGGCAGAGUUCUUCCGCAGCACCCUGAACAUCAUAGACUUUGUGGCCAUCGUGCCCUUUUACCUGGAGGUGGCGCUGAGCGGUCUAUCCUCCAAAACAGCCAAAGAUGUGCUGAGCUUCCUGCGUGUGGUGCGCUUUGUCCGUAUCUUGCGUAUAUUCAAGCUGACUCGCCACUUUGUCGGUUUACGGGUCCUGGGCCACACUCUGCGGGCGAGCACCAACGAGUUCCUGUUGCUUAUCAUCUUCCUGGCGCUGGGCGUCCUCAUCUUUGCUACCAUGAUCUACUACGCCGAACGUAUCGGUGCAGACCCAGACGAUCCGACGGCUGCGGCCCACACUAACUUCAAGAACAUCCCCAUCGGCUUCUGGUGGGCUGUGGUGACCAUGACCACGCUGGGCUAUGGGGAUAUGUACCCUGAGACAUGGUCGGGAAUGUUGGUGGGUGCUCUCUGCGCCUUGGCUGGUGUGCUGACCAUCGCCAUGCCUGUGCCCGUCAUCGUCAACAACUUUGGCAUGUACUACUCCCUUGCCAUGGCCAAGCAGAAACUACCCAAGAAGAGGAACAAGCACAUCCCCCGAGCACCACAGCCAGGCAGCCCCAACUACUGCAAGCCAGAUGCCCUGGCCAUGGCAACUGCCUCACCGCACAGGCUGAUGGGUAAUGUUCUCGGGCCUGGCAUGGUGGGAUCUGGCAGCAUGAUGGGAACUGGAGACUGCCCACUGGCACAGGAGGAGAUUAUCGAGAUCAACAGGGCAGAUUCCAAGCAGAAUGGAGACGCAGCAACCAAUGCGGCGGCCCUGGCCAAUGAGGACUGCCCAACUAUAGACCAGGUCCUCGGGGACGAGCGUAGCCCGGCCACCGGGGGCCUUGGCUCCACCACCAGCCGUGAGCGCUACCCACAUGACCGGGCUUGUUUCUUGCUGAGCGCCGGGGAGUUCCAGCGCACAACAGACGGGAACGUUCGGAAAGAAGAAGUCCCCUUCAUGCAUAUCCUGCAUCUGUACUGCAGAGGUACUGCAGAGGCUGCCGCAGCACCAGGAUUUACUCUGCUGUGACACAAGUGUUUUUUUGGUGAAUGUGGUGAAAGAAUGCAGUACUCUUUUCUGCAGACGAUUCAUUACUGAGGUGGAUCCACAGUCACUCAGCAACACUACAUGCAAGAUAACAUUGGUUUUGUUGGUGUAUGCUGAAUUCUGUGUUCAUCAUAGCUGAUACAGUUGCAUGUGUUACUGUAACAUACAGCUAAACUGUUUCAUUUCAAAACACUGUCUUUUAUUGGUAUUAUAGUGUUACCUCAGUGAUUCCCAACCUUUUUUGUGUAAGGUAACCCCACGGUCCUGUCAAUUAAACUUAUCUACACC